GAUAGGUCGAACCAUUCUGGGGGAGGGGGAGAGAAGAAGGAGGCCGCGGGUGUUCGCAGCGUGGGAAAGCAGGGACCGAACCACUGCAGUUUUCCAGCGCCUCUGACUAUGGCCCGGAAAACCCCCGUCGCCUUUUGCUCCUGUUAAGAAUUUCUGACCAGGAUUUGUUUCCAUGGCUGCGUCGCACGUCAGAAUGGCAGCUCUAAGCAGGGGUUUCAGCAUCUUGCAGGUCGAGGGUCUGUCCAGGUUCUUUCUCAGGGCUUGCGGACUUCACACGUCACCCCACCAGCUGAACUCGAAUCGGACCUCCAUCGCUUGCUUCCCGAGGCAGAAGUACGCGCGGCUGUAUCCAGUUCUCCUGAUUAGGCCAGACGGAUCCACGAUCCACCUCCGCUACAAAGAGCCAAGGCGGAUCCUUUCGGUACCAGUAGACAUCAACACCCUCCCUGAGGCCGAAAGGAGAAGCCGGUUGAGGAGAAAGAACUUGAUGAAGUCCAGACGAGAGGAAGUCACUUUUGAAGACGACUUUCAACUGGAUGAUUACACGAAAUUUUGGAAUAAAAAGUGAGAUUUUUUUUUCCAGCGGGGAAAACAAAUUCAGUGCAGCGAAUAUCUAGAAUGUUAUAGAAGGGGCAAGAAAUUACCAUCCACCCACCAAUAAAGAGAUUUCUUUCUAA